AUGCCUUCAGAACUUUGGUAAGUUUAAUCCCCUUCUUUGGCGCCAUGGGCUGCACUGCUGCCAUUGUCUUCACUUGCCUCGGCGCCUCAUACGGCACGGCCAAGUCUGGUGUCGGUAUUGCUGCCAUGGGUGUCCUGCGCCCUGACCUGAUCGUCAAGAACAUUGUUCCCGUCAUUAUGGCUGGUAUCAUUGGUAUUUACGGUCUGGUCGUGUCUGUCCUGAUUUCGGACAACCUGAAGCAGGACGGAUAUGCCUUGUUCACUGGAUUCAUCCAGCUCGGUGCCGGUCUUGCCGUCGGCUUGGCUGGUCUUGCUGCUGGUUUCGCCAUCGGUAUCGUUGGUGAUGCCGGUGUCCGUGGUACCGCUCAACAACCCAGGCUCUUCGUCGGCAUGAUUCUGAUUCUCAUUUUCGCCGAAGUUUUGGGUCUUUACGGAUUGAUUGUUGCGCUGCUGAUGAACUCAAAGGCAUCCCUCAACACCACAUGCUAA